AUGCGCGUGUGCUUUGACACCCUCUGCUUUGGAUCGUCACAGCGAACAGCUGGUGACGAUGAGCCGAGGGCCGUAGUGCAUACAGGUGGAGGAGCGCUUACCGUGGCGCCAACAGUAAACGGCGAUAGACGUGCCUUAGACGAAACGUACAGAGAAGUAGAAUUGAAUGGAAUAAUGGGGACUCCGAGCGCGAUGAAUUCAGACUCAGAGAAUUGCGUUGUGAACGCAACUAUGGCGAACGAUAUGCAGCCGUUAUUAGAGAGAAUUCGGGAGUUGGAGACGUUGUUGAAGCAGCGCGAUCAAGAGAUGUUGGAAUUGCGGUCCCAGUUGGAUAAAUUGCAGAGUGUUUUCCCGUAUCAGCAGUAUGCUAGAUCAAGAGGUCCAAGGAAGCAGAGAGCGCAAGGUAUCUCUGCUGAGCCACAGACUAGUUCGUCGCUUCAAGACCUCACUCAUCAAACAUUUCCCGUGUACGACAAAAGCGAAACAUCUCGGGAGCUUAUCAAGGGUGCUAUUCUGGACAACGAUUUCAUGAAAAACUUGGAAAUGACGCAAAUUCGCGAAAUUGUUGACUGCAUGUAUCCAGUUGAAUAUGCGGCGGGAAGUGUUAUUAUUAAGGAGGGGGAUGUUGGCAGUAUAGUCUACGUGAUGGAAGAGGGCAGAGUGGAAGUAUCGCGGGAAAACAAAUACCUCAGCACCAUGGCACCGGGCAAGGUGUUUGGAGAGCUUGCCAUACUCUACAACUGCAAAAGAACCGCCACCAUCAAGGCCGCGACCGACUGUCGACUUUGGGCCAUCGAAAGACAAUGCUUCCAGACGAUUAUGAUGCGGACUGGUCUCAUACGUCAAGCCGAGUACACUGACUUCCUCAAGAGUGUUCCAAUCUUCAAAAACUUACCUGAAGAUACGUUAAUUAAGAUCUCGGAUGUGCUGGAAGAGACACAUUACCAAAAUGGCGAUUAUAUUAUCAGACAAGGAGCAAGAGGUGACACAUUCUUCAUCAUCUCUAAAGGACAGGUCAAAGUCACACAAAAACCACCGAACAGCAACGAUGAGAAAUUCAUAAGAACACUUACAAAGGGUGAUUUCUUCGGGGAAAAGGCAUUGCAAGGGGAUGACCUACGAACGGCAAACAUCAUUUGCGAUUCGCCUGAAGGCACCACGUGUCUUGUCAUCGACCGCGAGACCUUCAACCAGCUGAUCUCGACAUUAGACGAGAUUCGUACCAAAUACAAAGACGAAGGCGACAGCCGACAGAAGCUAAACGAAGAAUUUGCCAACUUACGUCUCUCAGAUCUCCGCAUCAUCGCCACCCUCGGUAUAGGCGGCUUCGGUAGAGUAGAACUAGUCCAAAUACAGGGCGAUUCCAGUCGUUCCUUUGCGCUGAAACAGAUGAAGAAGGCUCAGAUCGUGGAGACUAGACAGCAGCAGCACAUAAUGUCCGAGAAGGAGAUCAUGUCAGAAAUGAACUGCGAAUUUAUUGUAAAACUGUACAAGACGUUCAAAGAUCGGAAGUAUUUGUACAUGCUCAUGGAGACAUGUCUAGGCGGAGAACUAUGGACGAUUUUGAGAGAUAGAGGUCAAUUCGACGACGCCACUACAAGAUUCUACACCGCAUGUGUAGUCGAAGCUUUCCACUAUCUACACUCAAGGAAUAUUAUUUAUAGAGAUCUCAAGCCAGAGAACUUGCUAUUGGACUCAAAGGGUUACGUGAAGCUAGUGGACUUUGGAUUCUCUAAGAAAUUACAAGCCAGUCGCAAAACAUGGACUUUCUGCGGUACGCCCGAGUAUGUAGCGCCAGAAGUCAUUAUGAACAGGGGACACGAUAUUAGCGCGGACUAUUGGUCUUUGGGUGUCCUGAUGUUCGAACUUCUCACCGGAUCUCCGCCAUUUACGGGUGCUGAUCCAAUGAAGACGUACAAUAAGAUCCUGAAAGGUAUUGACGCGGUCGAGUUCCCACGAUGCAUCACACGUAACGCGGCCAAUCUGAUUAAAAAACUCUGCAGGGACAACCCAGCUGAGCGACUUGGUUACCAGCGAGGAGGCAUUACUGAGAUUCAGAAGCACAAAUGGUUCGACGGCUUCAACUGGGAAGGUCUGGCGCAGCGUACUCUGGAGCCGCCCAUUACUCCCGUGGUGAAGUCCCCGCUGGACACGCACAACUUCGACCAGUACCCGCCCGACGCCGACGAGCCGCCGCCGGACGACCUUUCUGGAUGGGACGCCACCUUCUAA